CUUCAAAGAGCUGGCAUGGCCCGGCUGGCCGCCAGGCCCGUUGGCCACGCCCCCUCCCGCCUCCCUCCCCUCCUCCUUUUCCCCUCCUCCCUUUGGGCCAUUUCCUCGCACUUCCCUGCCCGCCUCCGCUCUCGCUUGCAAUGUCAGCCACUACCGCCGCUCCCGGGCUCAAGGAGGCCCCGCAGGAGCCGAACCCAAUUGUCUUCAUGGAUAUCUCCAUCGGUGGCCAGCACAUUGGUCGCAUGAAGAUGGAGCUUUUUGCCGACGUGGUCCCGAAGACCGCGGAGAACUUCCGGCAAUUGUGCACUGGCGAAUUUAGGCAAGGUGGCAAGCCGAUCGGCUACAAGGGUGUCAAGUUCCACCGCAUCAUCAAGGGAUUCAUGGUGCAGGGCGGGGACUUCGUCAAUGGCGACGGCACCGGCGCCAUGAACAUCUACAACAAGACCAGCUACUUCGACGACGAGAAUUUCACCCUGACGCAUGAUGUGCCGGGAUUGCUGUCGAUGGCCAACAGCGGACCCAACACCAAUGGCUGCCAGUUCUUUAUCACCUGCGCACCGGCCGACUUCCUCAACCAGAAGCACGUUGUGUUUGGCAAGCUUCUGGACGAUGAGGGGUUCUACACCCUGCGCAUGAUUGAGCAGCUGGCCGUCAACCCGAAGAACCAUCAGCCCAUCCAUGAUGUGGUGGUCACGCAAUGCGGUGAGAUGUAAGCAGGGUCGCAUCGCGCACGCGGCCAUCCUGUAUGAUCUUCCCUCCUCCCCGCUCGGAGGGUCAUGUUUCCUUGUCAUGGCCGUUCGCCCGGCCCGUUGUCCUCCUUCCCCUGUCCCACCCUGGCGUUUGCCUCCCGACACUGAAAUAGCCAAAGUCAUCUACAUUUAUCCUGCUCCCCCCGACCCCCC